AUGGCCGAGUCCCAGCUCGGCUGCCUGGACGAGGCGCACGUGAACGAGAGGGUGACCGCGGCGCAGGCAGCCUUCUACUACUGCGAGCGGCGGCGGGCCGCCCUCGAGGCGCUGCUGGGCGGCGGCGAGCAGGCCUACCGCGAGCGGGUCAAGGAGGAGCAGCUGCGGGACUUCCUCUCCAGCCAGGAGCGUCAGGCCCUCGGCGCCACCUGGAGCCCCUACGAAGUCGCCGCCGCCGCCGCCGGCCGGGGCAAGAGCAAGGCCGAGGCCGAGACCCCGACGCAGGCCGCGGCCGAGUCCGGCGAUUCCCUGGCCUACUGGCCCGACUGCUCCGACACCGAGGUGCCUCCGCUGGAGCUGGGCUGGACCGAAGCAGCCUUCUACCGCGGCGUGAGCCGCGUCACCCUCUUCACUCACCCUCCUAAGGAGGAGAAGGCGCCCCACCUGAAGCAAGUGGUCCGGCAGAUGAUCCAACAGGCCCAGAAGGUCAUUGCUGUGGUCAUGGACCUCUUCACUGAUGGUGAGAUCUUCCAAGACAUUGUGGAUGCUGCCUCCAAGCGCCGCGUGCCAGUGUACAUCAUCCUGGACGAGGCGGGCGUGAAGUAUUUCCUGGAGAUGUGUCAGGGCCUGGAGCUCGCUGACUUCCGUAUUCGGAACAUCCGUGUCCGCUCUGUGACAGGUGUUGGCUUUUACAUGCCCAUGGGGAAGAUCAAGGGGACCCUGUCAUCCAAGUUCCUAAUGGUAGACGGUGAUAAAGUAGCCACUGGAUCCUACAGAUUCACCUGGAGUGCCUCCCAUGUGGACAGGAACCUUCUCCUCCUCCUGACAGGGCAGAACGUGGAGCCCUUCGACGUGGAGUUCCGGGAGCUGUACGCCAUCUCCGAGGAGGUGGACUUGUACCAGCAGCUGGGCCUGGCAGGAGGCGCUGGCAGGCUGGGCCUCAACUACUCCUCCACUGUGGCUCGCAAGCUUAUCAACCCCAAGUACACCCUGGUGACGGGCAGCCACCACCCACCCGGGGAGAUGAUGCGCUGGGCUGCCCGGCAGCAGCAGGAGGCCAGCCGCAAUGCAGAGGGGCAGGAGGAGGGCAGCAAGGGCGGCGAGUCAGCACGGCGCCUGGAGAGUUUCCUGCACGACCUGGUCACGCUGGAGCAGGUGCUGCCCCCCGUGGAGCCCAUUCUCUCGGGAGAGCUGAGUCGGGAUGGCAGGGUGUUCUCCCACCUGCGUGUGGACCUGAAGCCCAGACCCCAGGACGCCCUUGCCCAAAAUGGCAGGGGAGAAGCUGCCAAUGGGGAGGCCACCGCGGCCAAGGAGGGCAGGCGCUUCAGCAGCAGGUUCUUCAGCCGGCGGUCCAAGAGGCCCGCAGCGCCCAAUAGCACGGCCAGCGCCCCCUCCCCCGAGGCCUUGGCCGAAGCGGAGUUUAUGGCGGGGAAGAGGCCCAACCAGGGCUCCAGUGGCGACGUCUCAGGUAAAACAAGUUCCAGUCCUGCCAAGGCCAGCAAUUGUGUGAUUUUGUGA